AUGAUAGCUGUGGAUGCCACUCAUUUAAAAUCCAAGUACAAGGGUGUUAUGUUUGUAGCAAAUGCAUUCGAUGGUAAUCGAAAUAUAUAUCCUCUUGCUUUUGGGAUCGGGGAUUUGGAGACGGAUGCAUCAUGGCAUUGGUUUUUCACUAAACUUCAUGAAGCCAUUGGUGAGUGUCCCAAUCUUGUUAUUAUUUCUGAUCGCAAUGUUAGCAUAGAGAAUGUGCUGCGAAAUCUUAUUCCAUUACUGAAUUUGAUUGUCAUUUUCGCAAGAUCAAGCGAAAGGAACAUGUUGCAAGGACGCUGCAAGGAACAUGUUGCGGAGUCAAUCUACUCAAUCCUUAGGUUUGCAAGGACGCUGCGAGUGGUUCAUUUGAUAGGGAAAAUUAUUAAUCUCCUUGUGAAAUGGUUCACCGAACGUCGUGAGUUGGCUUUGAAUUGCACAACAACAUUGUGCCCCAAUUUUGGAGAGAAGAAGUUGAGGAACAGGUUGGAGGAUGUUGCAAGGAUGAAUGUGGUUAAAGUAAAUAAUGCACAGUUUAAUGUUUUGGACGGUGAUAUGGACGGCCUCGUAGAUUUGACGAACAACAGUUGCAGUUGUAGAAAGUUUCAGCUUGAGCAGUUACCUUGCAAGCAUGUAGUUGCAGUUUGCUGCUUCUUGAAAGUAAAUGUAUACUCAAAGGCUUCUCGGUAUUACACUCGGAAAACCUGGAUGGAUGCUUAUUCGGAUAGCAUCUACCCGAUACAGCCUCACGGAAUGUGGGAUAUUCUUGAAGAUAUUCGAAGUCGAGUUGUGCUGCCUCCCAUUGCAAGGGUCAUGCCAGGCAGACGAAAGAAGAUAAGAAUUCCCUCGCAAGGAGAGGGCACCAUUAGAAGAAAGUGCUCAAGAUUGCUAUUACUAUUUGAGUGCGAAAUUAAAGGGCCUGGAAUGUAA